AUGAGCAAAAAACCACCUCAUCCCUACCUUGGUGACUUCCCGACUAUUCAGGCCACUGUGCUCGCAUUGCAUGACGCAGCUGCCGGAAACCCCCAGCCCAAAGUCGACACCUCCGACAACUGUCCCAUACACACGAAAGUUGCGGCAGAGGACGACCCAGAUCUGGACAUCUUGAACAUGGACGAGAGAAGCCCGGUUGAGCUAUGGAGAGGCCGACCUCCGAUGAAGAAACAUGCCAGAGAAAACUGGAGGGCGUACUUAGCCAAGAGGGGUGUGAAAGAGCCGUUUUACACACCUUGCCCCAUCGCAACGAUACCAUUCACCCGAGACCCCGAGGACGACUACGGCAACUGGGGUAACCAAGAAUGGGACGUGCCCUUUUGCAUAUACCAUAAGAUCCUGAGGCUACAAACCGAUCACCCUCUCCGAUGGAUUGACCCCGACGACCGAGAACAUGAGCUCCACAAGUAUGCAUGGGGUCCCAUUAGCAUCAUGAACGAGGUCUGCGAUAUGCUCCAACAAGCCGUCGAAACCGCCGAAAGCUUCCUCAUCAAGCGCGAAGGCGUCUCUCGAUGGACGAAGGCAACGGCUGCGGCUCAUCAUAAGAAUUGUCGGCGUGUUGCUGGAUGGCACGAGACGAAGGCGAUAUUCGAACAGGGUCAGGUGGCGUACUGGGCAGCGUUGGAGUCCGAGAAUCUUAUAUUCUGUGGAAAUAGGCGUUUCGAGAGCUUUAUCCGCGUCUGGUGGUGGAGGGGAUGUGUUAAUAGUCCUACGAAAAAGUUUCGACUGUCGACAUGGCACGAGAGGAGAGAAGCGCUGCUGCAGAGCUCGCCGUCGACGGCAGAUGUAGCGGUCGUCGGGGAUGCGCAAACCCGCCAGGGCGGAUGGUUUGGGCCCCCGGAUAAUCCGACCUUCUCCUACUGGCGUCGCCUCUUUCCCCCCGACCCACAGCUCUCGCCUUCCGAAGAUGAACCGUGGAUUCCGGCUCAGCAGUACAGCAACGAGCUGAAGGCCGAAUGUCGUAAAGGCAGUAAUGCUCGGUGGAGUCAAGUCCAACUCCCCAAGGUUUGCAAGUUCGGGCACACGCUCGGACUGGAAAGUGCGCCACCGUCAAUUCCCGCCGAGCAGUUGGACUCGAUCGAGAAAAUCAGAGAACGCGAUGCCCGGGACGCGCCCGACAACCCUGCCACGCCCAAGCGCAAACGCGCCACGAAACCUCCCACUCCCAUCGUCGAUAGGACUAUCAAGCAGGAACCCGUGGACACUCUUGACAGGGUCAUCAAGCAGGAACCCAUCCACGCCGUCGACAGGGUCAUCAAGCAGGAACCCAUCCACGCCGUCGACAGAGCCAUUAAGCAGGAGCCUGUUCAUGCCGUCGACAGAGCCGCGAAGAAGGUGUCCCGUCAUCGUACUGACAAGAGUACCAAGCACGCGAAAAAAGCCACACCCAGGGGAAUGCGCACCGAUUUCAACACACACACUACCCAGAGCUCGGCCGACCCCAAGAAGAACAGCAAGAAUGUAGUCAUGAAGGCUACCCCCAAAUCGUCCACUAAACGUCCAAGCUACCUGAUGCUUAUGAGGACCAAUAGCCCCGUCAAGACGAUUCUGACAGCGAUAUCAUCGAAAUCUACGAUGGUUUUCACGACCCUGCCCGAGACGCUAAGCAAAGGGGUCUCCGGCCAGGACCAGCGGGGCAAAGGUAAAGGUAAAGGGAAAGAAGUGAAACGCCGCCGCAUGCCGGAUACAUCUGACAUCGAUGUUAUCGAGAUAUCUGACUCUGACGGUCCUUACGCUAAGCAAACGUGGGAUACCUCUGACAUCGAUGUCAUCGAGAUAUCUGACUCUGACAGUCAGAGCGAGCUCGCACGAGAUGUGAGACAGGAAGGGCCAAGUGUUAAGCGUAGGCAACUUGACAAGGGGAAGGGUCCCUCUCGAGCACAGGGUAGUCCCGCGAAUCCGGUCUCCGGCCCAGGACCAGCGGGGCAAAGAUAUCUGACUCUGACGGUCCUUACGCUAAGCAAACGGGGCCCCGGCCAGGUCCAGCGGGACAAAGGGAAAGGCAAACAGGUGCAGCGCAGCUGGGAUACCUCUGACAUCGAUGUCAUCGAGAUAUCUGACUCUGACAGUCAGAGCGAGCUCGCACGAGAUGUGAGACAGGAAGGGCCAAGUGUUAAGCGUAGGCAACUUGACAAGGGGAAGGGUCCCUCUCGAGCACAGGGUAGUCCCGCGAAUCCGUAUGUGCCCAUCUCUGACCAUGAGGAAUUCGUGCAAGGCUCUUCAUCGACGGCAGUCGUGCAAGGCUCUUCAUCGACGGCAGUCGUAGAGAUCAGUGAUUCCGAGUGCGAUGGGCAGGAGGUAGACACACUUGUGUAA